ACUCGCGACUAAUGUUCCUCAGUUCUUUGCAAUUCGUCACGAAACACAAAUCUGCGAAAUGCUCUCGCCGAACAGGGUCCUACUCGUGAUAUCAAUACUUGCUUCAAGUACCUCGUCAGGAUCCGCGAAUACAUGUACGGAGGGGCAGUACAUGAAUGAAGAAACGAAACAAUGCACUGAUAUACCUGGAGGAGGGUACUAUGUUUCGGAAGCAACGGAAAUUUGCGAAACCAGUAGUUUGUAUCCGCAUUCACAGAACCCGACACAAUAUUACUUCUGCUCGUCGAAUGUACUAGUUUUGAUGGAGUGUGAGGAGGAGAAAUACUACAAUUGGCUGAUAGAAACUUGUACAACUGAAAUUGUGAUAGAAGUGAUUCCCACCAUUCGAAUUAAGAAUGGAAUUCGUGACGAUAUCGAAUUGGAUUCAUGCAAUACGACCGGUCGAUUUCCUGUUGAGGUGGACUGCAAGGUGUUCUACAUGUGUAGCACCAACACAACACAUUAUUUUCAGCAAAUGAUGCAAUGUCCAUCCGGUACUACGUAUAAUGGACGUAGUCAAAUUUGCUCGGUAAACAGACCGUGCGAUGAUGAGAAUAGCGGGUGUGAGACUAAUGACGAGAGUUCCACUACCGAGGAAGCGACCACUUUUUCUGAAUCGACGACAAGCGGAGACACAACUACAUCCGGAAGUUCAUCAACAUCAGAAAGUUCGACGACUGAGGGAGCAACUACGUCCGUCAAAUGGACGACUCCGGAAGUGUCGACGACAGGCAGAAGCACGACCACGACAGAAAGUCCAACGACGACUGAAUGUUCAACUACAGAGGAAGAGACUACUUCCUCGGAAACGACAACUAGCGGAGACACAACUACAUCCGGAAGUUCAUCAACAUCUGAAAGUUGGACGACUGAGGGAGCAACAACGUCCGUCAAAUGGACGACUCCAGAAGUGUCGACGACACGCGAAAGCACGACUACGACGCAAAGACCAACUACUACUGAAAGUUCAACUACGGAGAAAGAGAUUACUUCUUCGGAAACGACAACCAGCGGAGACACAACUACAUCCGGAAGUUCAUCAACAUCAGAAAGUUGGACAACUGAGGGAGCAACUACAUCCGUCAAAUGGACCACUCCAGAAGUGUCGACGACAGGCGAAAGCACGACUACGACGCAAAGUCCAACCACGACUGAAAGUUCAACUACGGAGAAAGAGACUACUUCUUCGGAAACGACAACCAGCGGAGACACAACUACAUCCGGAAGUUCAUCAACAUCAGAAAGUUGGACUACUGAGGGAGCAACUACAUCCGUCGAAUGGACAACACCGGGAGCGUCGACAACAGGCGAAAGCACGACUACGACGCAAAGUCCAACCACGACUGAAAGUUCAACUACGGAGAACGAGACUACUUCUUUGGAAACGACAACCAGCGGAGACACAACUACAUCCGGAAGUUCAUCAACCUCCGCAAGUUGGACGACUGAGGAAGCAACAACAUCCGUCAAAUGGACGACGCCGGAAGCGUCGACGACAGGCGAAAGCACGACUACGACGCAAAGUCCAACCACGACUGAAAGUUCAACUACGGAGAAAGAGACUACUUCUUCGAAAACGACAACCAGCGGAGACACAACUACAUCCGGAAGUUCAUCAACAUCAGAAAGUUGGACUACUAAGGGAGCAACUACAUCCGUCGAAUGGACAACACCGGGAGCGUCGACAACAGGCGAAAGCACAACUACGACGCAAAGUCCAACCACGACUGAAAGUUCAACUACGGAGAAAGAGACAACUUCUUCGGAAACGACAACCAGCGGAGACACAACUACAUCCGGAAGUUCAUCAACAUCCGCAAGUUGGACGACUGAGGAUGCAACUACAUCCGUCAAAUGGACCACUCCAGAAGUGUCGACGACAGGCGAAAGCACGACUACGACGCAAAGUCCAACCACGACUGAAAGUUCAACGACGGAGAACGAGACUACUUCUUCGGAAACGACAACUAGCGGAGACACAACUACAUCCGGAAGUUCAUCAACAUCCGAAAGUUGGACGACUGAGGAAGCAACAACAUCCGUCAAAUGGACGACGCCGGAAGUGUCGACGACAGGCGAAAGCACGACUACGACGCAAAGUCCAACCACGACUGAAAGUUCAACUACGGAGAAAGAGACAACUUCUUCGGAAACGACAACCAGCGGAGACACAACUACAUCCGGAAGUUCAUCAACAUCCGCAAGUUGGACGACUGAGGAAGCAACUACAUCCGUCAAAUGGACCACUCCAGAAGUGUCGACGACAGGCGAAAGCACGACUACGACGCAAAGUCCAACCACGACUGAAAGUUCAACUACGGAGAACGAGACUACUUCUUCGGAAACGACAACUAGCGGAGACACAACUACAUCCGGAAGUUCAUCAACAUCAGAAAGUUGGACCACUGAGAAAGAAACAACAUCCGUCAAAUGGACGACACCGGGAGCGUCGACGACAGGCGAAAGCACGACUACGACCGAAAGCACAACGACGACUGAAUGUUCAACCACGGAGGAAGAGACUACUUCCUCGGAAACGACAACUAGCGGAGACACAACUACAUCCGGAAGUUCAUCAACAUCCGAAAGUUGGACGACUGAGGGAGCAACUACAUCCGUCAAAUGGACCACUCCAGAAGUGUCGACGACAGGCGAAAGCACGACUACGACGCAAAGUCCAACCACGACUGAAAGUUCAACUACAGAGAAAGAGACUACUUCCUCGGAAACGACAACCAGCGGAGACACAACUACAUCCGGAAGUUCAUCAACAUCAGAAAGUUGGACGACUAAGGGAGCAACUACAUCCGUCGAAUGGACGACGCCGGGAGCGUCGACGACAGGCGAAAGCACGACUACGACGCAAAGUCCGAAUACGACUGAAACUUCAACUACGGAGAAAGAGACUACUUCCUCGGAAACGACAACCAGCGGAGACACAACUACAUCUGGAAGUUCAUCAACAUCCGAUAGUUGGACCACUGAGAAAGAAACAACAUCCGUCAAAUGGACGACGCCGGGAGCGUCGACGACAGGCGAAAGCACGACUACGACGCAAAGUCCAACCACGACUGAAAGUUCAACUACGGAGAACGAGACUACUUCUUCGGAAACGACAACCAGCGGAGACACAACUACAUCCGGAAGUUCAUCAACAUCCGAAAGUUGGACCACUGAGAAAGAAACAACAUCCGUCAAAUGGACGACGCCGGGAGCGUCGACGACAGGCGAAAGCACGACUACGACGCAAAGUCCGAAUACGACUGAAACUUCAACUACGGAGAAAGAGACUACUUCCUCGGAAACGACAACCAACGGAGACACAACUACAUCCGGAAGUUCAUCAACAUCCGAAAGUUGGACGACUGAGGAAGCAACAACAUCCGUCAAAUGGACGACGCCGGAAGCGUCGACGACAGGCGAAAGCACGACUACGACGCAAAGUCCAACCACGACUGAAAGUUCAACUACGGAGAAAGAGACAACUUCUUCGGAAACGACAACCAGCGGAGACACAACUACAUCCGGAAGUUCAUCAACAUCCGCAAGUUGGACGACUGAGGAAGCAACUACAUCCGUCAAAUGGACCACUCCAGAAGUGUCGACGACAGGCGAAAGCACGACUACGACGCAAAGUCCAACCACGACUGAAAGUUCAACUACGGAGAACGAGACUACUUCUUCGGAAACGACAACUAGCGGAGACACAACUACAUCCGGAAGUUCAUCAACAUCAGAAAGUUGGACCACUGAGAAAGAAACAACAUCCGUCAAAUGGACGACACCGGGAGCGUCGACGACAGGCGAAAGCACGACUACGACCGAAAGCACAACGACGACUGAAUGUUCAACCACGGAGGAAGAGACUACUUCCUCGGAAACGACAACUAGCGGAGACACAACUACAUCCGGAAGUUCAUCAACAUCCGAAAGUUGGACGACUGAGGGAGCAACUACAUCCGUCAAAUGGACCACUCCAGAAGUGUCGACGACAGGCGAAAGCACGACUACGACGCAAAGUCCAACCACGACUGAAAGUUCAACUACGGAGAAAGAGACUACUUCCUCGGAAACGACAACCAGCGGAGACACAACUACAUCCGGAAGUUCAUCAACAUCAGAAAGUUGGACGACUAAGGGAGCAACUACAUCCGUCGAAUGGACGACGCCGGGAGCGUCGACGACAGGCGAAAGCACGACUACGACGCAAAGUCCGAAUACGACUGAAACUUCAACUACGGAGAAAGAGACUACUUCCUCGGAAACGACAACCAGCGGAGACACAACUACAUCUGGAAGUUCAUCAACAUCCGAUAGUUGGACCACUGAGAAAGAAACAACAUCCGUCAAAUGGACGACGCCGGGAGCGUCGACGACAGGCGAAAGCACGACUACGACGCAAAGUCCAACCACGACUGAAAGUUCAACUACGGAGAACGAGACUACUUCUUCGGAAACGACAACCAGCGGAGACACAACUACAUCCGGAAGUUCAUCAACAUCCGAAAGUUGGACCACUGAGAAAGAAACAACAUCCGUCAAAUGGACGACGCCGGGAGCGUCGACGACAGGCGAAAGCACGACUACGACGCAAAGUCCGAAUACGACUGAAACUUCAACUACGGAGAAAGAGACUACUUCCUCGGAAACGACAACCAACGGAGACACAACUACAUCCGGAAGUUCAUCAACAUCCGAAAGUUGGACCACUGAGAAAGAAACAACAUCCGUCAAAUGGACGACGCCGGGAGCGUCGACGACAGGCGAAAGCACGACUACGACGCAAAGUCCGAAUACGACUGAAACUUCAACUACGGAGAAAGAGACUACUUCCUCGGAAACGACAACCAACGGAGACACAACUACAUCUGGAAGUUCAUCAACAUCCGAUAGUUGGACCACUGAGAAAGAAACAACAUCCGUCAAAUGGACGACGCCGGGAGCGUCGACGACAGGCGAAAGCACGACUACGACGCAAAGUCCAACCACGACUGAAAGUUUAACUACGGAGAAAGAGACUACUUCUUUGGAAACGACAACCAGCGGAGACACAACUACAUCCGGAAGUUCAUCAACAUCCGAAAGUUGGACGACUGAGGAAGCAACAACAUCCGUCAAAUGGACGACGCCGGAAGCGUCGACGACAGGCGAAAGCACGACUACGACGCAAAGUCCAACCACGACUGAAAGUUCAACUACGGAGAAAGAGACUACUUCUUCGGAAACGACAACCAGCGGAGACACAACUACAUCCGGAAGUUCAUCAACAUCAGAAAGUUGGACUACUAAGGGAGCAACUACAUCCGUCGAAUGGACAACACCGGGAGCGUCGACAACAGGCGAAAGCACGACUACGACGCAAAGUCAAACCACGACUGAAAGUUCAACUACGGAGAAAGAGACAACUUCUUCGGAAACGACAACCAGCGGAGACACAACUACAUCCGGAAGUUCAUCAACAUCCGCAAGUUGGACGACUGAGGAAGCAACUACAUCCGUCAAAUGGACCACUCCAGAAGUGUCGACGACAGGCGAAAGCACGACUACGACGCAAAGUCCAACCACGACUGAAAGUUCAACUACGGAGAAAGAGACUACUUCUUCGGAAACGACAACCAGCGGAGACACAACUACAUCCGGAAGUUCAUCAACAUCAGAAAGUUGGACAACUGAGGAAGCAACUACAUCCGUCAAAUUGACGACUCCAGAAGUGUCGACGUCAGGCAAAAGCACGACUACGACGGAAAGCCCAACUACGGAGGAAAAGACUACUUCUCCCGAAUCGACGACAAGCAGUGACACAACUACAUCCGAAAGUUCAUCAACAUCAGAAAGUUGGACCACUGAGAAAGAAACAACAUCCGUCGAAUGGACGACGCUAGGAGCGUCGACGACAGGCGAAAGCACGACUACGACGCAAAGUCCAACCACGACUGAAAGUUCAACUACGGAGAAAGAGACUACUUCCUCGGAAACGACAAUCAGCGGAGACACAACUACAUCCGGAAGUUCAUCAACAUCAGAAAGUUGGACUACUAAGGGAGCAACUACAUCUGUCGAAUGGACAACACCGGGAGCGUUGACAACAGGCGAAAGCACGACUACGACGCAAAGUCCAACCACGACUGAAAGUUCAACUACGGAGAACGAGACUACUUCUUCGGAAACGACAACCAGCGGAGACACAACUACAUCCGGAAGUUCAUCAACAUCAGAAAGUUGGACGACUGAGGAAGCAACAACAUCCGUCAAAUGGACGACGCCGGAAGCGUCGACGACAGGCGAAAGCACGACUACGACGCAAAGUCCAACCACGACUGAAAGUUCAACUACGGAGAAAGAGACUACUUCUUCGGAAACGACAACCAGCGGAGACACAACUACAUCCGGAAGUUCAUCAACAUCAGAAAGUUGGACUACUAAGGGAGCAACUACAUCCGUCGAAUGGACAACACCGGGAGCGUCGACAACAGGCGAAAGCACGACUACGACGCAAAGUCAAACCACGACUGAAAGUUCAACUACGGAGAAAGAGACAACUUCUUCGGAAACGACAACCAGCGGAGACACAACUACAUCCGGAAGUUCAUCAACAUCCGAAAGUUGGACGACUGAGGGAGCAACUACAUCCGUCAAAUGGACGACGCUGGGAGCGUCGACGACAGGCGAAAGCACGACUACGACUGGAAGUUCAUUCACGACGGAGAGUUCAACCACUGUGGGACGGUCGAGCACAGCAAGUACGAUGACCACCGACAGCCGAACCACUAUGGAGGAGAUGACUUCCACGGGUUCAACAGAAAGAACCACUGAUAGUUCCACUACCAUUUGUGUAGAUGUUACAUUAUCCCCAAUUACGACAACGGCCACAGUGCCAGUAACAGUUGAGUGUUCUUCCGUGGGAUUUACGAGAGUUGAAAACAGCUGCACGGAAUACAUACAAUGCACCAGUGAAAUGUUAAACACUAAUACUUCAACUUUGCCUUAUAAAUGCCCCACUUGUCUUCGGUUCAACGAACAACUUGCCGUUUGUGAUUACGUAUCAAACGUACCAGAAUGUUCGAAUGGUGCAAGUUCUUCAGAAAAAUGCACUGGACCAGGAACAUUCAGGAAUACUCAAGAUCUUCAGAAAUAUUACACAUGUGAAAAUAUCAAUGAUGAAAUUCUAAUGACAUCACAUACCUGUUCAGGAGAAUUAAUCUUCAACCCAGAUACCCUAUCAUGCGAUGAUCCAGCGAGUGUUACAACUAUAGUGCAAGCUGACGAGUGUUAUACAAUUGGUUUCUUUGCUAAUUCGGUACACUGUGGAGAGUUUUUCAUGUGCACCAUGGAAACCGAUGCAUUGGUUCAAAUAAACUCCACCUGUCCACCUGGACUAAUCUACAAUGAAUAUGGAGGAUAUUGUACAGAUGCCACCGAAAUACCAGGAUUUUCAGCUGUCAGCGAUCUGGACCCAACAAGAUAAUUUCAACUGUUCAUUGUACGGUUACAUUCCAAGCACCAGAAAUAGUCAACCUUUCAUUUGAUAAUUAAUGGAUAUUCAUUAUUAGUGCAUUGGCAUACUUCAAUGGUAAAGAAAUUGGUGAAAUUACGCAUUUCUUGAUAGUUUAAAUUGAUGAAGAAUUACACGAAAAUUUUCGACCCGAUUAGCAAUAUUUUAUUGAAAUUUACAGAAGAAUAAAUAAAAAUGACUACUA